CUCAGGAACUCUUCCCAGUGGAUUGUUUUUUACCUCUGGAUCCUUCUCAAGAUCUUAUCUUUCCUCCAGAGCUGAUGAUUAUGGAGAAGAAAGUCAAUGGAGAUGCUCUUUAUUUCCAAGGGGAAAGAGUGAACUUGGUUGAUCUGUUUAAGCUGUCACACCUCUUGGAGCUCAAGGCUGAACACCCUUCGGCUCCACAAAUACGACCUCAGCAGUGUUUUGGCUGCUCUGGACUGCACUCUGCACGUCAUAUCCAAAGAUGGGAUGAGGAGCUUACCCUUGGAUGAAAAACUCUUCGCUGACUUUGGAAAAACAGUCCUCAGGCCCGAAGAAGUCCUGCUGUCCAUCGACAUCCCCUACACCAAACCUCUCGUAUCAGAGGCCCAGCCCUCUCCUGGUGGGUCGUCCCAGCAUGCAUCAGUCUGCUUUCCAGCAAGCCACAGGUGAAGCAAAGUACUACGACGACCUGCCGCUGGUCCAGGGAGAGCUCUUCGUCUUCAUGACGAACACCAGAGCCCAUGCUAAAAUAAUCAACAUCGACCCGUCAGAGGCCCUGCAGAUGCCCGGGGUGGUCACUUUUGUCUCUGCUGGAGAUGUUCCUGGGGCAAACCGCAGACUCUGGUUCAAUAACCCAGAGGAACUGUUUGCAGAAGAAGAGGUACGUUAA